AUGGGGCAGUUGACCAUCGCAUUGACUGGUAAAAUGCCAGGUAACUUGUCGAGUAACACAGAAAUCAAUUCCAAAGAACAAGCCAAGGCCAUUACAACUCGAAGUAGAGUACAAUUGCCUAAAAUCCAUAUCAAGAGACCGGGUGUGAUUAAAGAGACAUCUUCCCCUGCUGAAGAAGAGAUUGUUAUGCCUAGCUACGCGAAGUCUCUCAAAGAUAUUAUAUCAAAUAAACACAAGCUGGAGGACCAUGAGACAAUAAUGCUUACGGGGGAAUGCAGUGCCAGAAUCCAAAAAAAGCUCCCAUCAAAACUGAAAGAUCCAGGGAGUUAUACUGUUCCUUGCACUAUUGGUGAAGUCUAUUUCGAUAAAGCAUUAUGUGACCUCGAUGCAAGUAUUAAUUUAAUGCCUCUGUCUGUUUUUAGGAACCUCGGCUUGGAAGAAGCUAAAGUGACUACUGUGACACUUCAGCUGGCGGACAGGUCACUGACACAUCCCAGAGGGAUAAUUGAAGAUGUGCUUAUCAAGUUGAUCUUAAGAUUGGGAGAGGAGCAUAUAUCGUUCAAUGUAUUCAAGGCCAUGAAACUGCCAGUAGAAUCAGAUAGCUGUUACCAAGUUGACAUUAUUGACAAGGCAGUACAAGAAACAUUCUUACUUCAUAACCCAUCUGACGCCUGA